CUUCGGGGCUGUGCUGGCAGCUGGCCUCUCUGGGAGCAUCAUGAGUGGCGUUUGGGGAGUUCUGUGCCUCAGCUGGGCCCUGGCGCCUGCCCUCGCUCACCCCUUGAGCCAUGGCGGUGGGACACGCAACAGCACCGGUGGCAGCAGCUGGCACCAUCUGGGCUCUCAGCCCCCACUCAACGACACAGAGCUCGUGCGCCGCUGUGCAGAUGAGGCAGGCUUUGACGCCGUCACCCUGGAUGAGACGGGCACCAUGCUCUUCUUCGAAGGGGACCUUGUCUGGAAGGGCUUCACUGGCCCAGCUGUGCCCAUCAACGCUUCCUGGCCGGAGAUCCAAGGCCCUGUGGACGCUGCGCUGCGGAUUCACCGCCUGGCCCUCCCUGCGGUUCAUGACAGUGUCUACCUCUUCCAGGGCAAGCGGGUCUGGGCCUACGCCCAAGGCCAGUUGAGGCCUGGCUACCCCCGGCUGAUUGGGGAAGAGUUCAAAGGGGUGCCCGGAGACCUGGAUGCUGCGGUGGAGUGCCACCCCAAGGAAUGCCCGGCGGAGACCGUCCUCUUCUUCAAGGGGGCCACAGUCUUCUCCUACGACCUGGAAUCUGGGCUGGUGAAGCAGCGCUCCUGGCCUGCCGUCUCCCACUGCUCCGCAGCCGUGCGGUGGCUGGAGCGCUACUACUGCUUCCAGGGCAUCCGCUUCUUGCGCUUCAACCCUGUCACGGGUGAGGUGCCCCCCAGCUACCCCCGGGACGCCAGGGACUAUUUCAUGCGCUGCCCUGGAAGAGGCCACGGGCACGAGACGCGGAGCAAUGCCACCCUCAGGGCUCUCAUGGACCGCUGCAGUGGACGUCCUUUCCACGCCUUCUCCUCGGAUGACGCCGGGAGAGUCUACGCCUUCCGUGUGGGCCAAUACUUCCGCGUGGACUCUGUGCGGGACGGGUGGCAUUCCUGGCCUCUCAAGCACACCUGGAAGGACCUGGAGGGGGAGCCGAAUGCUGCUUUCAGCUGGGAGGACAAGCUCUACUUGAUCCAGGGCCCCCAAGUCACCAUCUACCGAGCCGGCCAGGGCUACAGUCGUGUGGAGGGCUACCCCCGGGCCCUGGAGGAGGAGCUGGGGGUGGCGGGUGCUGAUGCUGCCUUCACCUGCCCUCGUUCCCAAGAGGCCUACAUCAUCCAAGGAGAUCUCAUGAGGCGUGUGGACCUGAAGCAGAGCCCUCGUCGCCCGGGACCAGCGCUGCACAUCCCCCAUGACCACGUGGACGGUGCUCUGUGUACUGCCACGGGGCUGUACCUUUUCCACGGAGCUGACUUCCACCAUUACAGUGACGUGGCCCAGCUCACGGCCGCCACAGCCCCUGCACCUUCCCAGAACACUGCUGUGGCCUUUUUCAGAUGCCCUGAGGCAGGGGCUGGCGCUGCCUCCCAACACCCCCCUCACCACGGAUGAAGGGCACCCUCCCCGCAACGGCCUGGGGCCACGUGGAGGCUGGCCUGUAUCCCCACCCCUCCCCCAAAAGAGACAAUAAACCGCUUUCCUGUUACCCGG